GCCGGCUCUGCGGGCGCGUGCGCGCGCGGCGCUCUGGCGAGAGCGGCUCUAUGGUAGCGGCCGUUGGCGCGGCGGCGCUUCCGGCGGGCGCGGGGGCCUGUGGGGGAUCGCCGCGCGCCACUUCUGCCCGGCGGUGCUGAAGGAGCGGAGCCGCCAUGUCUCACACAAUUCUACUUGUCCAGCCUACCAAGAGGCCAGAAGGCAGAACAUAUGCUGAUUAUGAAUCGGUGAAUGAAUGCAUGGAAGGAGUCUGUAAAAUGUAUGAAGAGCAUCUGAAGAGAAUGAAUCCCAACAGUCCAUCCAUUACAUAUGAUAUCAGCCAGUUGUUUGACUUCAUUGAUGACUUGGCAGACCUCAGCUGUCUUGUUUACCGUGCUGAUACUCAGACAUACCAGCCCUACAACAAAGACUGGAUAAAGGAGAAGAUCUACGUUCUCCUCCGCAGGCAGGCCCAGCAAGCAAGCAAAUAAUGGGGGCACCAUUGCUACGUGGGUUUGGGGGGUUUGGACAACAGGUGUGUACAGAGUGUAGUGGUGAACGUUUUGUAUUAUAGUCAUCCUGUUGCCAUCUUGAUAAACUCGUUAGCCGGGACUGAUUGUACUUUUAGGGAUACAAGGAUUUUGUUGGAUUGGAAUUUUUUUCAGUGUAAAUGGAGAAGAACGUACAUCUUCAGCAGAGUUUUGGGUUUUUUUCCUCCAGUUUGCUAAUGGUCCUACCUUAUUUGAACCCCUGGGGCUGUUCACAUUGUACUUCACCACAUUUGCUGUAUGUGCCCUUCUGUGGGUUUUUUACAUUCAGUUAUGUCCUUGAGAUGUCUUAAUGGGAAAUAAAGAUCUACCCUUUAGUUAAACUUGA